AUGAGUGAUUCGUUUUCGAGGAUAACGUCUAUGAUAGACUCUGCGAAAGAGUUCACAAUAGAAACUGCAGUCUCUGCGUCUGCUCGAUUAACUGAUACACCAAGUGGAUCUCGCCCGCAAGAAAUCUCAAAAUUAUUGAAUUCGAGAACUGACCGUGAAAUAUUAAACGGGAUGAAAUGUGUAAUCUCCCUAAUAACAAGAGAAGAAGAUGCAUUGCCAUAUUUUGCUGAUGUUGUUAAAAAUAUAACCAAUAGUGAUCCCAAAAUCAAACAAUUGGUAAUAAUCUAUUUGACGAAAUAUGCUGAGGUUGAGCCUGAUACGGCAUUACUUUCCAUCAAUUCAAUACAGAAAUCAUUAAAUGAUAAAGACCCAAUAAAUAGAGCCAAUGCAAUCAGGUCAUUAUCUGGUAUUAGAAUUGGAUCCAUUAUUCCCAUUUUGGUGUUGAGCAUGAAAAGAACAUCAACGGAUCGAUCACCAUUAGUUCGUGCUGCAACAGCUAUAUCGAUUGGGAAAAUUUAUCAAAUAUCUGGCAGAUCCAAACGACAAAUGAUUGAAUACUUGAACCAAUUAUUAACUGAUAGUGAAGUGAUGGUUGUUGGUGCAGCCAUUAAAUCUUAUGCAAAGAUCAGGAUGGAAUUAAAUGAAGAUAAGCGAUGGGUGCCAAUACAUGGUAACUUUAGACGAAUUUGCAAAUUGUUGAAUCAAUUUGAUGAAUGGACUCAAUCUUAUGUGAUUGAAUUACUUACUGAAUAUUCUCGUAAGUUUUUACUGCGACCUAUUACCGAUGAAAUAACUGAUGAUGAUCUUGAGUUAUUUUUGAUGUCGAUGAAACCAUUGGUGCAAAGCAUUUCAGAAUCAGUUAUUUUAAGUGUUGCCAAGUCAGUUUACCUUCUUGCUCCACGUCAGCUAUUUUGUGAUUUUCAAUUGGAUCUUGUUUUGACAAGAAUGGCUACUUCAUUAAAUCAACUGGAGGUAUCUUUGUUUGUAUUAGAAGUUGUAUCGUUUAUCAGCAAGAGUGACAACUUAUUUGAAUCAUACUACAAGAGCUUUUAUGUAACACCGAGUGACCUGACUGAUGUUGCUAUUUGCAAAAUUAAUAUCCUUUCAGCAUUAUCUAAUCAAGAGAAUUUCAAGUACAUAUUUGAGGAAUUGAAAUACUAUGCCAUUUAUUCAACAAACAAAAGUGUGUCAAAGGAGUCAAUAAAGGCAAUGGGAAAAUGUUCUGGUUUAUCUUUGGAAUGGAGUCAGAAGAUUUUAAAAUGGUGUUUGAAAAAAAUAAAAACGUCGCGUGGAGAAACAUUGAACGAGUUGUUAACGGUUAUACGUUAUUUAAUUCAACAAAAAAGUGAUUCCAAUGACAGUUUAAACAAAACAGAAGUUUUGAAGACAACAUACAAUUUGGCAACCAUUUUGGAAGAUAGUCUGGUUGAAUUGGAAACCGAGGCCCGAGCAAGUAUUAUUUGGAUUAUUGGGGAAUAUACGGCACUAGCUGAAAACUCAUUUGCACCUGAUGUUUUAAGAAAUUUACUUAAACGGUUUGCAGAAGAGGAAGAAGAAGUUAGAUAUCAAAUAUUGGUUCUAGCAAGUAAAAUAUUUGCCUAUGAAAUGAUCAAAAUAAAGAACGAAGGGGGCGACCAAUUCAAGGAUUAUGUGGAAGAGAAAUUUUCCAAUAGUAUUGAAUACAAGAUGUUUCAACAUACAUUGCAUUUAGCCAAGUAUGACUCGUCCUAUGAUACCAGGGAUCGUGCAAGAAUGUUUAGCGUAUUAUUAUCAAGUGUUGAUAGGGCACAGUUGGCAUCUUUGUUCUUGCAAGUUCCUAAACCAGUUCCAUUUGUUAAAUCAGAUGCAGCAGAUAAUCUUAGGCUUAGGGCCAUUGAUAACUAUUUUGAAGUUUGCGAUUGGAGCGAUCAAGAUAAAUUACCACCAAAGUCUAUUCGAACUGAACUCCCCGUGCAGGUUAAUAGAUUAGGCAAUGUUUCAUUUGCCUCAUCCUCAAUAUCCAGAGAGAAAACAAAGUCACCAAGUCCUGUUGGUGAACAUUCCUUUUCAUCACAACAAUUUGCUCAGCAACGAGAAUCAUUGUCUCAAGUUGAAAAGAAACAAGCACUGAGAUAUAAAUUACAAAGUUUGGAUGAGUUUUUUGGUAGUGAAGAUGAUUAUUCAUCGUCGUCCUCGUCUUCUUCAGAAGAGGAGGAAGAGGAAGAGGUCAGUGAAAAAGAGGAGUCUGAUGAAGAAAAGAAUGGAGAGAAAACCGAUAAAGAAACAUAA